AUGCCUGUGUUUUACUCACCUGUGCCCGAGAACCUGCAGAUGGGUCUGGCCUACAUGGGCGGCUCGGUGUUCACCAACAACCGGACGGCAGACAGCGACUUCACCAGGGAGCAGGAGGACGCAUUGGUGGUGAACGAGCUGGUCUCUCACCUCCCUCUGCAGAUGCUGCUGUACUUCAACAUGUUUUAUUUUCCUUGCUGGUGGUUCUCGGCUGUGUUCAUGCUGGAGGUGAAGUUCUACCAUCUGCCGGGAUACUACCAGGCUCUGCUCAUCACCGGCAUGAUCCUCCUCACAGUCAUCGAAGUGGUGCGACUUUAUCUGGGCUACAUCGGCAACCUUAAAGAAAAGGUGCCAGAGUUGGCCGCCUUCUGGCUCCUGUCUUUCAUGUUCCAGCUGCCCGUGCUGCUGUUCUUCCUGACCGAUGAAGGGAUUCUCAUCCUGCCCCUGGAGAGAGCCGUCCACUCCCUGUACCUCCUCUUCCUCCUCGCCCAGAUCCUGGCCUCCUUCCUGGCGCUCAGGACCAUGACCCGAAAGCUCACCGUCCUCUUCCAUCUGCGGCAGUUUGGCAAAGUGGAGAGCCUCCGCCACGCGGGUUUGAGCCCCGUCCACGGGUUGACGUACCGGCGAAGUGUGCUGCCGGUGUCACCUCACCGGGACAUGUAUGACUGA